UUCAACGGGAGAAAUUGGGGGCUGUGUGAAAGUGCUGAGGUUAUUGUAGAAUAUUUCGCGUUUGCAGCUUUUUAAUUGUACACUGUCAAGUGGAAAGCACCCAGAAUGGAUGUUUGUACUCUAAAAGUUGGCAUGAAUGUGGACAUUCAGCGAAGUGACGGUCGGGUUCACUCAGCAUGUAUCAGUGGAAUCAGCAAAGCUACAGACAGCGUUACCGUUGAAUGGUUUGAGCGUGGAGAAACCAAAGGAAAGGAGGUAGAGAUAUCGCAGGUCUACGCUCUAAACCCUGAGCUGAGCCCAGAGAUGGUUCAAGACAUUCCCAUCCCCCACACCAAGCCCCCUCCUGCGGCCUCCAGUAAUCGAGCCAGGCCUAGCAGUGCUAGAAUGCCUUUAGCUAAUGUACAGCAACCGCAGCAUGUGGCUAAGCCAGCCAGAGAACAGAAUAGAGAAGAUGUAUCUUCAGCUAGAGCGAGUCGUCCAAGCGUCUUAAAGGAGGCAGAGAAUGGAGCCAUUAACCACCACUCCCCUGCCCCUGCUGGCCCUGUACAGAACCUGCAGAAACAGGUGCCAACUGCUGCUUCACGCCGGAGGUCCAAUGUUGUCAAGGAGGUGGACAAGAUUAAGAAAAAUCGGGAGGAGAGACGGGCGAAGCAAGCUGAACAGAUCCAGCAACGGAACCAGGAUAUGGAUGGUAACCAUCCGCAGUAUGAUUUUAUCCGUAUGAUCAGGGAAUACCAGGAAGAUUUGGAAUUUCGUCCAGUUACCAGCAAUGAUUUGGUAGAGGACCAUCAAAUCACCGUGUGCGUCAGGAAGAGGCCACUUAAUAAAAAAGAAGUCGGCAAGCGAGAUGUUGAUGUUGUGACAAUACCAUCCAAGGAUUCUGUCAUAGUUCACGAACCUAAAUUGAAAGUUGACCUGACAAAGUACCUGGAGAACCAGACUUUCCACUUUGAUUACGGUUUUGACGAGCAUGCUACUAAUGAACUAGUGUACAAAUUCACAGCCAAGAAGUUGGUAGAGACAAUAUUUGACAAGGGUAUGGCAACAUGUUUUGCCUAUGGGCAAACUGGAAGCGGCAAAACACAUACCAUGGGAGGUAAUUUCAACGGCAAGAACCAGGAUGUGACCAAGGGAAUCUAUGCAAUGGCAGCAACUGAUGUCUUCAAGCUUUAUAACAAAGCUGAACACCGCAAGAAGGACCUGGUGGUCAGCUGUAGUUUCUUUGAGAUCUACAGUGGCAAGGUGUUUGACUUGUUAAACAAGAAGGCAAAACUGAAAGUUCUAGAGGAUGGCAAACAGGUUGUGCAAGUAGUGGGUCUACAAGAGAAGUCAGUCUCAUCAGUUGAUGAUGUCUUACGUCUAAUAUCACUGGGGAACAACGUCAGGACGUCAGGACAGACCUCGGCUAAUAAUCAUUCUUCCAGAUCCCACGCUGUAUUCCAGAUCAUUCUAAGGACGAGGAAAGCCAGCAGACUUUAUGGCAAAUUCUCCCUCAUAGACCUUGCGGGUAACGAGAGAGGGAAGGACACCCAGAGCUCUAACCGGCAGACGCGUAUGGAAGGGGCAGAGAUCAACAAGAGUUUACUGGCCCUUAAGGAAUGCAUCCGAUCUCUAGGCCACAAGGGGGCACAUGUCCCCUUCAGAGCCAGUAAACUCACCCAGGUACUGAGGGAUUCGUUCAUUGGAGAUAAUGCCAAAACAUGUAUGAUUGCAAUGAUAUCACCAGGCAUGAGCUCAUGUGAACACACACUCAAUACGUUACGCUAUGCAGACAGGGUGAAAGAGCUUGGACCAGGAGGUAGCCCAGGGGCAGGUGACUACCCAGGAGAGAUCAGUGCCUUGCCAUCCAGUCCAGAGAAGCUCCCUGAAUGCCUGUCACCUAGUAAUAGUGACUUGGCUAUGCUCUGCACCCACAAUGAAGAGGAAGUGUCUGCCGAGAUGUUUACAUUUCAUGAAGUGAUGAACCAACUUCAAGAGAUGGAGGAACAAAUCAUUGAUGACCAUCGCACAUGCCUAGAGGAAACCCAGCGGCUAGCAGCAGAGGAGGUCAGGUUGAUAGAGAUGACUGAUGAAGUAGACUAUGAUGUAGAAGAUUAUUCUGCCAAGCUGGACGAGAUCCUGACCAAGAAGAUUGACUUGAUGACCACACUACGGGACAGGAUCAACAACUUCCGACGACAGCUUCAGGAAGAAGAGAAGGCCAGUAAGAACAUCAAGAGGCCCCCUGCACCAUAAGGGAGCCAACAACCCCCUCCAAAUAUCCACAAACCCCACCCCAUCCCAGUCAGUUCAACCAGAGCUGCGCCCAGUGUGGCAGUUCAUUCAUAAUUGAAGGCAAGUUGUUACUUGCUGCCCUCGGUAGAUCGUUAAAUUCUGUGUUUUACUUUUCUCCAAAUAUAUGGAGGUACUAAGUAAUAACAAUGCCUUCCCAACCGAGUACUAGGGCAAGCAUAAAAGUACUGUGAAACAAGAUAUGUGGUCAAAGUUCUCUCUCUCUCUCUGAGAAAUCCUCAUGGUUCUGUUCAGGAAAAACAUCUCAACAUAAUAAUUUAAACACAUGUGGUAGCAUAUGCUUUCCAAACAGCAUAUGUGACCGGCUCUAGAAAAAUGGGUAAUAAGUCGCCAGAUUCUGGUUAUCAGUUUUUGAUAUGGCUGGAUUG